AUGUCACACACGGACGAGAAAGAUCUCACAUCUUCAUCGGGGGAAGCACGUAUCGAACCAGUGAUGGUCGAGAUCGACCCAGUCGAAGAGAAGAAAGUUUUGCGCAAGCUUGACACUUAUGUCAUCAGUAUCCUUGGAUGCCUAUAUCUUCUCUCAUUUUUGGAUCGAUCAAACAUUGGUAAUGCAAACGUGGCUGGUCUGUCAACGGACCUAGGACUUGUCGGAAACCAAUAUGGUACAGCCGUAUCCAUUGUAUAUGCGACCUAUGUGACUUUCGAGCCAGUCUAUGCCAAUUUAUUGAAGAUUAUAACUCCAAAAAUCCUCUUAUCCGUCUCAACCUUUUGCUGGGGCGUGCUUACUAUUGCAACCGCCUGGUCCACAAACUAUCAUGGUUUGAUUACUAUCCGAAUCUUGCUCGGAGCCACCGAAGCCGGUCUCUUUCCAUGUGUCAAUAAGAUCGGACGACGAUUGUCAUUCAUUUACGUCUGCGCUGCACUCUCGGGCGCUUUUGGUGGUCUGCUUGCCUACGGCUUAACGCAGAUUAAGUCUUCGAAGCUUACCGGAUGGCAAUACCUGUACAUCAUCGAGGGCAGUAUCUCAACCGCCUUUGCGCCCGUGGCGUACCUGCUCGUUCCCAACCAAGUCGAUCAAGCUUGGUUCCUUAAUCAACAGGAGAAGGCACUGUGUCAAGCGCGUACCAUAACUAAUAGACGAUUCUACAAUCCCGAUGAUCAGUUCGAUUGGGCUCAAGUGAAACGAGCGCUUACCGACUGGAAAACAUGGUGCCAGACGGUGCCAGCCUACGUAGUCGCGGCGCUUUCGCUCCUAACCUUUGGCCAUUUCUCCGACAAGUACCAAGUUCGAAGUCCAUUCAUCAUCUUGGCUCUGCUUUUUAUCGUUAUUGGAUAUAUAGUCCUCAUCGCCGCCCCCCAAGUUGGUGUUCGUUACUUUGGACUAUUCCUCGUUGCUGUUGGCCUUUAUCCAUCUACUGCGCUGAAUCUUGCAUGGUGUUCUGGAAAUGCCGCUGGUCACUUCAAACGAGCGACGGCUUCCGGAACCAUGCAGUUGAUCGGCAACUGUGCGGGAGCGGCUAUUGGAUACAUUUUCAAUGCCCAGACUUCCCCUAGGUACUUCAAGGGCUUAUAUGUUGCACUUGGUGCCACUAUCCUUUCGAUGCUGCUGACCGCCUUCCAGGCCUUGAUGAUCAAGAAGGAAAAUGCUCGCAGGGAAAAACUCGUCAAUGAAGGAGCCGAGGAUCGUCCCGAAUUGGGAGACGACAAUGUACAUUGGACUUACUACCUCUAG